UCUGAACCGCUGAGCGGAGUUAUCACACCCCCUGAGUCGCACCGCGAUCUCUGAAAGGGAGCGAAGCGGAGAAGAAGAAAAAGGGAGCGAAGGUGAUCGCGGAGAGAUCGAGUGAGAGAGAGAGCGAUGGCGGUGAUGGAGAAGCUCAAGAUAUUUGUGGUCCAAGAGCCCGUCGUCGCCGCCUCCUGCCUCAUCGCGGGAGUCGGUCUCUUCCUUCCAGCUGUGGUCAGGCCUAUAUUGGAUUCCUUCGAGACAGCCAAGCAAGUUCCACAACCUGCUUUAAGUGAUGUGGUUGCAGGUGUGACCGGCAAAAAACUGGAGUAAUCUGGAUUUGCUGUGGUGCUCAAAUGUGGCCCCUUUUUUCCCUCUUUUUUUUUUUUUGUUUAAUCUGUGAUACAUUUUGAUGACCAAUGCGAUGCGCAUCUGUUUCUCUGAUAUUUUCAUGACGUUGGGAAGUAGGCGCGGACUCUAUCUCUAUCUACUUUGGCUAAUGGGUUAUUGGCCUGCAUUGCAAUGAAAUUCCAGGUGUAGAACUGGAAAAGACUAGUUUAAAUAAAAGAAGAAUUUGACAAAACAUUGAGAAAAUUUUGUUU